GCCCCCGAAAAAACCAUUACAGAAAAUAAAAUAAAAUAAAACAAAAUCAUAAACAACCCAAGCAAAAAAAAAAAAAAAAAAGGGGGGGGGUGGACUCUCCCAUUUGCCAUUUGCCAUUUCCCAUUUCCCAAAACGAUUCGGUUCUGCUUUCUCUGUUUCCGUUUCGUCCGGUUAAUCAUCAACUACACAUAUAUACUGAGGUGCAGUUAAUUGUAUUUUGCCUUGAGCUUAUGCUUUUAUGAGGUUCAGGAAAAGGGUUGUUCUGGAAUCGCCUCGAGAUUGAAUAUCUAGGUUGGCUGAAAAUGUACUAAUUUCAGUGGUGAGAAGGAAGUUGCAAUGAAGGAAAAAAGAGGGAGUUAUGUUCCACCAAGUUAUAUACCCCUGGAGCAGGCGGAGCGGUCAGAUUCAGAAGCAGAGAAAGAUGGAGAUGAAGUGGUGGAUGUUGGCGGCCCCAGUCAGACAACGAAAACUCAAAGUGAGAGUUCUGGCGUGCCACAGCAGUGGUCCUCUGGAAUCUGUGCUUGUUGUGAUGAUCUGCAAAGCUGUUUCAUUGGGCUCGUUUGUCCUUGCUUUCUUUUUGGGAAGAAUGCAGAGUUUUUGGGUUCAGGAACUUUUAUGGGGUCAUGCAUGACUCAUUUUAUCUUAUGGGGUCUUGUCAAUACUCUCUGUUGCUUUCUGACUGAUGGUGUUCUUCUGGGUUUGCCUGGAUGCUUUGUUUCUUGUUAUGCAUGUGGCUAUCGGAGGACAUUAAGGUCCAAAUACAAUCUGCAGGAAGCCCCCUGUGGAGACUUCAUCACCCAUUUUUUCUGCCACCUGUGUGCUAUAUGUCAGGAAUACAGAGAGAUAAGCGAAAGGUCUGGUUGUGCAAAUCCCACUGACGUAGGUUUAGUAGAAGUGACUGCCCCUGCACAUCAAACGAUGAAUCAACAACCUUAAACUAAUAUGUAUCUGCAAUGCAAUAGAUACAGCUGGUGAGCAUGUAUCUGCAACGCAUAGAUACCACUUUCCACAGCAUGUUUUGCACUUCUUUUUUUCCUAUUGCUGUGUUGUGUAAAUUCUCGAUGAUCCUUCUGCCGGAUAAUUGUUAUCCAGCUUUGUUUUGCUCUACAGAUGUCACACAUGUUCAGAGUAUGUGUUCGUCGGAUGGUAUAAGAUAAUCUUUCAGUGAGAACCUUACUCCAAA